CUGCCACAGGCUGUUCAUGACAACCAGAUCCUGAUUGUGAUUGGAGAGACAGGGUCCGGUAAGACCACGCAGAUCACUCAGUACCUGGCGGAGGCCGGCUACACCACCCGGGGGAAGAUCGGCUGCACACAGCCCCGCCGUGUGGCCGCCAUGUCCGUGGCCAAGAGGGUCUCUGAGGAGUACGGCUGCCGUCUAGGCCAAGAGGUUGGUUACACCAUUCGAUUUGAGGACUGCACCAGUAUUGAAACAGUGAUCAAGUACAUGACCCACGGCAUGCUGCAGAGGGAGUGUCUGCUGGACCCAGACAUGAGUCAGUAUACCCUCAUCAUGCUGGAUGAGGCCCAUGAGAGAACAAUCCACACUGAUGUGCUCUUUGGUCUUCUCAAGAAGACCAUAAAAAAGCGCAAAGAGCUGAAGCUUAUUGUGUCCUCAGCCACACUGGACGCCGUGAAGUUCUCUCAGUAUUUCUGUGAAGCGCCCAUCUUCACCAUCCCAGGAAGAACGUUCCCAGUGGAGGUUCUGUACUGCAAGGAGCCUGAGACGGACUACCUGGAUGCCAGUCUCAUCACUGUCAUGCAGAUCCACCUGACUGAACCUCCAGGGGACCUCCUGGUGUUUCUGACGGGACAGGAGGAGAUCGACACUGCUUGUGAGAUCCUGUACGAGAGAAUGAAGUCCCUGGGGCCGAAUGUUCCUGAACUGAUCAUUCUGCCAGUUUAUUCUGCGCUGCCCAGUGAGAUGCAGACCAGGAUCUUUGACCCCGCACCCCCCGGCAGCAGAAAGGUCAUCAUUGCCACUAACAUUGCAGAGACAUCUCUUACUAUCCAUGGAAUCUACUACGUGGUGGACCCUGGCUUUGUUAAACAGAUCGUUUAUAACUCAAAGACCGGCAUCGACCAGCUUGUUGUGACUCCCAUAUCACAGGCGCAGGCCAAGCAGCGGUCCGGGCGGGCGGGCAGGACGGGUCCGGGGAAGUGUUACCGGCUCUACACUGAGAGGGCCUACAGAGACGAGAUGCUGACCACCAACGUGCCGGAGAUCCAGAGAACCAGCUUAGCCAGCACGGUGCUCUCUCUGAAGGCCAUGGGCAUCAACGACCUCCUGGCUUUUGACUUCAUGGACGCUCCUCCCAUGGAGACGCUGAUCCUCGCCAUGGAGCAGCUGUACACUCUGGGAGCGCUGGACGAUGAAGGCUUACUCACACGGCUGGGAAGAAGGAUGGCGGAGUUUCCUCUGGAGCCCAUGCUGUGUAAGAUGUUGAUCAUGUCCGUCCAUCUGGGCUGCAGUGAAGAGAUGCUCACCAUCGUCUCCAUGCUGUCUGUGCAGAACGUCUUCUACAGACCGAAGGACAAGCAGGCCUUGGCUGACCAGAAGAAGGCAAAGUUUCACCAGCCUGAGGGAGACCACCUGACCCUGCUGGCUGUCUACAACUCCUGGAAGAACAACAAGUUCUCCAACCCCUGGUGUUAUGAGAACUUCAUCCAGGCUCGCUCCCUGCGCAGAGGCCAGGACAUCCGCAAGCAGAUGCUGGGUAUCAUGGACAGACAUAAACUGGACGUGGUAUCUUGUGGUAAAGCCACAGUCCGAGUCCAGAAAGCCAUCUGCAGUGGCUUCUUCAGGAACGCCGCCAAAAAGGAUCCUCAGGAGGGUUACCGCACCCUUAUAGACCAACAAGUUGUUUACAUCCACCCCUCCAGUGCUCUGUUCAACCGCCAGCCUGAGUGGGUUGUGUACCAUGAGUUGGUGCUGACCACCAAGGAGUACAUGCGGGAGGUGACCACCAUCGACCCCCGCUGGCUGGUGGAGUUUUCUCCAGCCUUCUUCAAAGUGUCAGAUCCCACGCGCCUCAGCAAGCAGAAGAAACAACAGCGCCUCGAGCCUCUGUACAACCGCUACGAGGAACCCAACGCCUGGAGAAUCUCCCGAGCCUUUAGGCGCCGUUAGAGUGUGUGACGUCACAAACCCAGAACACAAAUGUUUUUAUGAAAAGGUCAGAUGUGUCGACCAGUCCCUGGUGGUAGAUGUUUUAUCAUCACUGCUUCAAGCUGUGUAUUCACUCCUACUUUUAAAUGCGUACACAUUGUACAUCUUCUCUCAGAAGGUCCUAGAAUAACCUGCUUGGGUGGGGGUUUCAUUAUUUUAGGAAAGUUGGAGUUAUUUACUUCUCUUAGCACUAAUGCUGGAACUUAAAGAACAUCCAUAUCUGUCCUGUUAGUAAGUGGUUUUAAAGUUCAUCUUCUAUGGGGAGAUUCUGCAAAACAAUGGACUAUUUAUUUUUGGCAGAGUAAAUUGUUAUCGCAUAACGUCAUGCCUUAAUUCGACCUAAACGAAUAGUAAUAGAGACUUUUUGUUUCCAUAGUAAAUAUUUUCCAGGCCAAAAGGAUUGAACUGACUAAAUGUUAGAUAGAUUUUGUACUUAACCUUGGACAAUUGUGUCCCACUUGUCUGUAUCUGAGGUGUUGCUUUGCUAUACUUGCAACUGUAACUUGAAAAUGUUUCCUCCAUUAAAAUGCAAACAUUCUUUUCAACCCUA